GAACUCGGUGCCGUAUUGUUUACGUCUGCGUGCUCAAAGUAGGUCAUAAGAGCGACACAGCUAGUAAGAUAUUUCUCGUAAAAUUGAAUCAUUCUUAAUCGCACGGAGUUGUAACGAUAACGAAAAAAACAGCAGGAUUCCCGCGGGCAUCUGCAAAGCUGGUGUGGCAUGUCCAGGCGCAGCCGAAACAGUCGAGUGUGGCGCAGUGUGUGGAGCGGAAUUCGGCGGGAUGCUGAUGCAAAGACGUUGGUGCUGCCCUCGGAGAGCGAUGAAUGGGGUUGUGACCGCCUACAGUACAGUGACUCAGAUUCCGAGGCAGAGUAUCCUGGCAUUGUACCUUCAGUGCCAAGUGCUGUGCCAGUGACCGGGGAGUCGUACUGUGGCUGUGAUUUGGAGAUGGAAUCGAGUUAUGACCCACGUCUACGCAGUUACGCACGGCUGCGAGACUGCCACUGUGGUGAAGAUGACCAGGAGUUUGACUGGGUGUGGGACGAGGGCAGUCGGUCAGCAGCCACUCUGCUGAGCUGCGAGAACAGGAAGGUGAGCUUCCACUCAGAGUACAGCUGCGGCACGGCGGCUAUCCGCGGCUCCAAGGAGCUCUCAGAGGGACAGCACUUCUGGGAGAUCAAAAUGACCUCUCCGGUCUACGGAACAGACAUGAUGGUAGGAAUUGGCACAUCAGAUGUCAAUCUGGAUAAAUACCGGCAUAAGUUCUGCAGUUUACUGGGAAAAGAUGAAGACAGCUGGGGCUUGUCAUAUACAGGAUUGUUACAUCAUAACGGUGACAAAGUGAGCUUCUCCUCACGGUUUGGUCAGGGAUCUAUCAUAGGUGUUCACUUGGACACCUGGCAUGGAACGCUCACCUUCUUUAAAAACCGCAAAUGCAUCGGUGUAGCUGCUACAGAGCUGCAGAACAAGCGUGUAUAUCCCAUGGCAUGUUCCACAGCUGCCAAAAGCAGCAUGAAGGUGAUCCGCUCUGUUUCCGCCCCCACCUCACUCCAGUACCUCUGCUGCUGGCGCCUGCGUACGCUCCUCCCCUCAGGAGCCGACGCCCUCAGAGUGUUGCCCCUCCCACCAGGACUAAGGCACCUACUACAUUCCAAACUUGGCUGGGUGCUAAGCUUAGACCACUCGCACACAAACUCGAACACGCACACACCGGUCGGGCCGUCUUCAGGCAGCGAAUCAGACGGCUGCGCUUCUGACCCCGAGGCCUGCCAGAGGAAACGCUGCCGCUGGACCUGAGGCAAACACACACACUCACAUGCACAUACAUACACUCUUACAUUUAAACCGUUGUCGGGUUGUUUCAGUUUCAGACUCCUACAGUAACCUGAGAGUAACCUUUAAAAAAAUGUCUUUAAGAUGUUAAUGUAUCUGAUUUAUUAAGUCUCUCCAGAUUAAGGAUACUACUUUGAUUUUAAUCUUAGCAGGACUGUUCUAAUCACAUUUAAUUUUGUACAGAACAUGUAAAAGAUACACGCACAUGCAGUCUGAUGCAACAUGACUAACCAGUCAGGUGUAUUUCUGUUUUAUAGCAUCGUGCUGAAUGUUUCAGCUCUGUCCCUGCUGUCUCUUAUCAGGGUUUCAGAACAAAAAAAAUAGUCACACUUUUCCACCCUACAUGAGCUCUUUAUAUAAAAUCUCAGUAUUCUCUUUACCUAUAACCUUCAGCACUGUGCCAUUGUCUACCUGUACUUCAAUAUAGCUUAUAUCCAAACAAGUAGAAUGAGUAAAAUGGAUGCCCAGAUGGAUAGUUGGGUUUAGUUAUCAGUUAUAAAUUGAUGUUCCAUUUAAACAUGUCAUUCGCUAUCCAAGUCUGCAAAAGCGACGAUCAGUUUGGCAGCAGGUUUCAUCAGCAUAGCACUGAUGUGCUGAAUCUAGUACUGUAUGAUGCAUUUAAUUAUUUCUUAAAAUUGCAAUAUUUGAGAUAAUUGGAAGGAUUGUGUUAAUGUAUGUUACACAGCUAUGUCACAAUAUAAUGGUAUGUAAGGUGUCUUUAAAGCAACAGAGGUGCCAACGUCUACCGUUUGGCUGAGAUAAGUCAAUGCGUCAUCUGUUCAAUCCAGAUCUGGUUUGAUAUUAAAAAGACAAAAUGUUUUCUGAGAUUGCCCACUGGACUAUGAAUUUAUAGAAAACAGCAUUGUAUUUGUUUUUUAGUUAGUCUAUUUUUUUUAGACCUAUAUGCUGAGUUUUAUGUGUAUCUUUUUAGUUCAUUAGUUUUUACCUGAAAGAAGGGAUAAGUAGAUGACGACAUCGAAGGUAUGGCAUUGACCAGGUCGAUUAAAUUUGUUGAGCCCACCAUAUCGACAUGGUCACUGCCAUUUCUGGAAAAUAUCUCUACACUGAUUUUUUUUUUUUCUUACUGUUGAAAAGUAAAAGUGGGUGGAAGCUGAAUAUUCAGGAUCUUAAUGAUCGUUUUGCAGAAAUAAAAUUUCACAACGGAUACGAAUGGAAUGGACGAUACACGAACUGCACUUUGAUUCUGCUUGCGACAGCAAUUUAUGACAUGUGAAAGCUAUGCGUUUUGCUUUCCCAGAAAAUGCAGUCUUCAGACCAAACAAACAAAACACAAAAAAAAAGCCGUAUGCUGUUAUUUUGUUUUGCAUCAAAUUUAUCAUGUCAAAGUUCACACCUGUGAAUUUACAAACAUUUCUGCUGGAUUAGUCCAUAAUAGAAUACAAGUAGGCAUGCUAUUGUCUCUGCGUGGUAAAAGAGCAGUGUAGAAGGUGCAGUUUACCAUUUAUCCUGUUAGCAUAGAGCCGUCUCAUUCACCAGCAUACGCUAGGGUUUUGUUUUGUUUUUUUGUUAAGAACAUAGUCUUUAUCGCUACUUCUAGGAUCUUCUUGAUAAGAUUGUUGGUUCCUCUGUCAAAGACCUUGUACUGUAUAUUCCAUCUUUAUUUCUAUCAUAAUAUUGACUUUUCUGCUGUCCUUUGAGAUGCCAUUUUGUAUUAAUCCAUAUUUAAGAUCAGCUUUUAAAACUUUAAUUUUUUUUAUCAUUUUACUUUGUGUACCUUUGCCAUGUCAGUCAACUAGUGUAUUAACAUCUGAUGGACAUGGCCUUUUUCUGACAACUAUAGUCAUAUUGGUCCAGUGUUACAAAUCUUGGCUGAGCUGUUUGUCUAUGGCAUAGAACUGUUGUGCAACAGUGGCUGACUGUGAAAUGUGCACAAACGUAUGAUCUGCAGCCAUCAAAUGUCUGCAUGAACCUAUGAUUUGAACACAUUUUGGUCUUAACACAGCAUUUGUGGUGCUCUGUGCCGUCUUUAUCACCUCUCUGGCUUCUCACUUGGGCCUGUUCUAAACUGAUGCAAAGCAAAAACACUUAAUGCCAGAAUUAAAUGAUAGAAUACACCCACAAUAUAAACCAACAAAUGUGAAGUUAAUGUUUGUUUUGCAACAAGAGGUUGGAUCUUCUUUAAGCUCAGCUAGAGAAGCUGAUGUUCUCAAUUCAUAUGCUGUCUGAACUAAGUACCAACCCUUGUUCUUAUAACCAUACAUUUUUACAUCUCUCUAUGAGGGCUGUAUUUAUCAAGAAUGGAGGUUUGUGUGUAUAGGUUUUGUAAUUUGCUGUAAAAUAUAAUCAAAGUCUUUGUUAUGCAUUCAAGCACUUUCUCCUUUCAUUGUAUGCAGAUAUAAAUGCAUAUUGAUUCUUUAUGCUCUGCUCUGUACAUAUUGUAUGUAUUAGCUUAUUCUCUUUUUUCUGUCUCCCUUUACUAUAUGUCAGGCAUGGGCUUUAAAUGAUGUAUGAUUUAAGGAGUUGAAUGAAAAUCAUGUAUACAGAGGGGGGGAAAAGGCUGGGUAUGUAGUUUGUUUUUUAAGCAUAAUAAAUGAUUCAAAACCGGU